GUUUGAAAGGCGUCACAGUUGAUAUUAUGAAUGCUGAAAAGAUUGGAAUUGUUGGUCGAACUGAAACUUCUGGAAGUAUUGUAAUUGACGAUAUUAAUAUCAAGGCUAUUGGAUUAAGUGAUCUUAGAAGUAAUAUUUCAUAUCAUGCUUUAGGAUCCU